UCUUCAAAGGACACCUACUAUAUAAAAGCAGAUGGGGAAACGUACCAAAAAGGCUCCUAAGCAGAAGCGAAAGCUUCCCAAGUCGGAGAGGCCUCGUACGUUGACCAAGAAGGGAAAGUUAAAGCAUAAAAAAGGUGACUUGCGUAUGAUCAGCUCUCGUGAUGUUAGCUUUCAGGUGAAGCAGAAGAAGGGUGGCCGGUGGAUACGGACCGGAGAUCGGAAAUGUAAUAUCCACACGGUGUGCGAUUGUGUGCUUCGGACGGAUCCUAGUCGAAUGCGUCGUGUCACGAACCGAUAGCAAUAAUGAACGAUAGAGAAGGGCUUGGUGAAAACGGGAACUUCGUGGUCAGUGAAUAAUUCCUGCUUGAAAUAUUUGCAUUCGUAAAAGAACGUUUAAAUAA